AUGGCACAUCCUGGUGGCAUGGAGUUAGACGGCGCGGGCAAGCGCUUCCCUUCUGGUCAGGACUUGGAUGUCACAGUGCUGGCGUUUGCACAGUGGCUUUCCGAGAUGAAGCUGCGCAGCAACUCCUCCCUACAACAGAUGCUCGCAGAGAUGGGCAUCAUCCGCAACGGUAUCACAUCAAACAACACGGAUCUGACAGAGUUCAAAAGGAACACUGCCACCGUGCAGCAGCAGAUGCAAUCACAGAUCUCUGACUUGCGGGACAAGCUCACUGAUGCGUAUACAGAGAUCGCCAACAUGAAGAAGACGAAAAGCCAGUUCGAGCAGGAGGUCCAUGCAGAGAGCCAGUCCCUGUCGGAGCAGCUGCAGUUCAAGACCCUGGAGCUGGAGACCUUGAAAAAGGCAUAUGCUCACACGCACCAGCAGCUCCAGCAGCAGAUCAUCCAGUUACAAACAGAGGUGAACGAGCUCAGAACGAAGGGCGACGAUGUGAACAGGCAGCAACAUCUGACGUACGAGCAGAGCGUCAACAAGGUCUCCGAGGUGGAGAUGGCAGCGCAGUAUGCCAACAAUGAGAUGAAAAGGCUUCGCAACGAGCACGAUCAGGCCAUAGCCAGUCUUGCUGAAAACAUGAACAGAUGGAACGACACCAUCCGAGACCUCUCCAAGGAGUUCCACGACUUUCAAAAGGUCAUGAACGUCAACCACCAGCGGCUGCAAAGCUCUGUUUGGGAAGUUCAGGGCAAGCUGGGCCCGGCCCGUCCGGGCCGGUAA